AUCACCUUUGACUUGUUCAAACAGCGCUCCAUGAGUUCAUCACUAAUUUUAAACCUUCCGGCAGAACUAUACCCCCUUAUCAUCAACUACCUAGUUUUUCCGGACACGGCUCAUCUGCGAGCCACCUCUCGCUUCUUCGCAUCCCUCAUACAUACCCAACCUUCUGGGUAUCUCGACCUCGCCGCGGCAGAUGACUCAAUCUGGGCGGUAAGGAAAUGGCGACUCACUUGCGCCUACUGCGCACGCAUGCGCCCAGCAUCUGCCUUUGUUGAGAAGCAAAAGACAAAAUCGGCUCAUUUCCGUUCUUGCUAUGACUGCUACGAAUGGGGCUCUGGAACGCCAGGCGAGAGAAUAUGGUUCUCGGAUAUUCCAAUAAACCUUCACCGAACCCGCUUCAAUAAUGAGCAUAGGAAGCUCAAGCUGGAAGUGAACCGGAGGGAGAAGGAUAUCUGCCGCUGGUGUCAUAACGUCUUUAACCGGUGGGGGAGUAAACCGGCAAGCAGAGCUGUCUGCAUCGAUUGUUACCACGAAACCCCUUCGAAUUCAGUAAUUCUUGAGGAGCACCGCCUCUGGAAUGAUUUGCAGCGGAUGGGCAGAGAUGCUGUGCCGAAUUGGCAUGGUUUUGAUGGUACUGAUCUGGGAGUUAUUCGGGGAGAUGACGGUGAAUGGUAUUUCCAUUUUAUAUGGACAGACAUUGAUUGGGGCAAUGGGCCAUUAAUAACCGAACCAUGGAAGUGGGGGGAAAGGGGCGUUACUGUCAUGAAACGAGAAGACGUUGAGAAAUUACGGUCAGUAGUUAGGCAGUCGCCCAGAACCUAUGGCGAGCCUUGGACUCUUGCAAGUGCCAUCCAAUGGGUAGAAGAUCAACAAGAUAUAUAAUAGAUAAGUGGACUGUUCACAAGUCGUCGCGGAUGAGAAAAGACACAGUCUUGGACGGCAGACAUACCCUACUUGUUGAAGGAGCAAUUUGCAACAGAUACUACGAAGAACGGUCGGAAUUUAUUGGAUCAGAUUAUGGUCUAGACUUGAUUCUGUGCCUGGAAAUAAAUAGAAAAAUUGUUAGACUUAA